AUGGCCCGAAGAAAGCAAGCUGAACAAGACUCUCCCGAAGUUGAGGGAGAUACAUCGGCUCAAGAGGAGCAACCUCAAACUGAGUUGGACGUCCAUGCCAUGGAGAAGAUGGUCCACAUCGAGAACGAAAUACUGCAAAUCCGUCAAGAGAUGAUGGAUUACAAGAAAGAGUUGUCCAGGUUAAGAGAGCUCGAUGAAAUCAAGGAGAUGAUUAGAGCUUUGUCUUCUAAUCAAGAGGCCAACCCAAGGUCUACACAAGGACCUCCUCCUCCUCCCCCUCCUAGACAGGAUAAGGGAAAAGGGGUGUUGGGCGGACAACCUAGUGCCGACCCUACCCCUUGGCACAUGCAGGCCGGGCCGAGCCGGCCGCGUCCUACAUGGCAGGAUGAGCAUGUGGAAGAACUUCAAGGCCAUCACUAUGGGCCUAGUCGAGAUAAUGGCGGACAUAACGGCCACCAUGUAGACCACACGGUCAACAAUGGUGGGCAUAAUGGCCACCAUGGAGGACCCUACAGCCAUACUGGAGCGUACAACGGUCAACAAGGAGGAUACAAUGGCAACCACGGUGGACAACAACAUUCAUCCUCGGAUUACAUCAACCGAGAACCAUAUGGACCGCAAGCUAGUAGGUACGGACCUAGAUUCGCAGGGUCUCAAUGGGAACAUGAGAACUCGGGAAGAAGAUGGGCUGAUAGAGUAGACCGUGACCCUCCCAUUUGGGAACAAUCCAGAGAACGAGAGCCACCUAGAUGGGAUAACCAUUGGGAACCAAGGAAUGUACAGCGGAACCAGCCCAGGGCUCUCCAAGUACAUAUUGAAUUUCCUAGGUUCAAUGGCAAUGACCCGUUAGAUUGGAUCUUUCAAGUGGAAGAAUAUUUCACUUGUCAGAUGAUUCCUAGGGAAGAAUGGCUCCAGACUGCCACUCUUCAUUUUGAUGGAGAAGCCAGACGAUGGUUGAGAUGGCUUAAGAUGAAGGAACCCGUAGAGACUUGGGGAGAGUUUCAGGAAGCCCUUACACUUAGAUUUGGGGAGUCCGCUUAUGUGGACUAUGACAUAGAGCUUCGCAACUUGAGGCAAACCUCUACCGUCCAGGAGUAUCAAGCUAGAUUUGAAAAUCUAGCAAGUAUGGUGGAUUGGACUCACAAGGCACUCAUAGCCGCCUUCGUGGGAGGUCUGAAAGAAGAAAUCCAGAUUGACGUUAGGGAUGAACCGAACACGGAGUUGAGGAAGUGCUUUGCCAAAGCACGCUCCAUUGAAGAUAGGCAACGCAAGAAGCAGGCCCUCUACAAGUCGUGGAGAAAUGUUCCAGUUGCUCGUCCCCAACCAGCUCAACAACACAAGAUUCUCUCCGCGCCGCCAAAGAAGGAAGAACCUAAGCCAGUCUUCAGGUCGAGGGCUCCUCCACCCAUGACACGCGAAGAGCGAGAGGACAUGAUUAAGAACAAGAAGUGUUUUUGGUGCAAGGGAGAUUGGAGUCCUACUCAUCAGUGCAAGCACAUCAGGAUCUAUACCGUUUUGGAAGGAGAUAGUGAUGAAGAGGGAAAGGACCAGCCCCUAACUAUGGAAGAAGUUUUUGAGGCCGAAACGGAAGUAGAACCAACGAGAGAUGAGGAAGCGCCAGAAGCUGAAUGUCGGAUUUUGGACGACCCAGAGCGUCCGGAAUCUAUGAAGGUCUUAGGGCAUAUAGGAGAUCGGCAAGUGCUUGUCUUGCUCGACUCAGGAGCCACCCACAACUUCGUAGGUGACCACAUAGCCGGCCAACUAGGAUGCACCAUUGAGGACCAGCCACAGCUUAGGGUUUUAGUGGCCAACGGGGACAUACUUCCAUGUACCCGUAAGUGCACUAACGUAGAGCUUACCUUGCAGAAGGUCCCGUUUAAGGUAGAUCUACUGGUUGUCCCCAUCCCUAGUGUAGACGUCAUUCUUGGCGUUAAGUGGCUGAAGACCUUAGGCCGAGUCUGGUGGGACUUCUCUACCAUGGAGUUGUGCCUCCCUAAGGAGGGUGGCAAGGAAGGAGUAGUGCUUAGGGCCGUAGAACCUAGUCUAGGGCCGAGAGCAGCUUUGAGAGCCUUAGUGACUCAAAAGUCAGUGGCUUGGUUGGUGGCCAUCGUAGAAGAGCUAACUUCUAAUCAAGAUCAGAAGGAGGAAAUACCUGGUCCAGUUCAAGAGGUGUUGAAGGAAUUUGAAGACAUCUUUGAGGAACCCAAAAGACUUCCACCUCAACGAACUUAUGAUCAUAGGAUCGUGCUAACCAACGGCACUGAGCCCGUAAAUGUCCGCCCAUACAGAUAUGGGUAUGCCCAGAAAUCGGAGAUAGAGAAGCUAGUCAAGGAGAUGCGAGAAAGCAACAUUAUUAGACCUAGCUCGAGUCCCUUUUCUUCUCCAGUCCUUCUGGUUAAGAAAAAGGACAACACCUGGAGAUUUUGUGUAGAUUACAGAGCUUUGAAUGAAGCAACUGUAGAAGAUAGGCACCCAAUUCCUGUGAUAGAUGAGUUGCUAGAUGAAUUGUCAGGAGCGCGUGUCUUUUCGAAGUUAGAUCUCAGGUCGGGAUAUCAUCAGAUUAGAAUGUACGAGGAAGACAUCUCGAAGACGGCAUUCAGAACCCAUGACGGGCAUUAUGAGUUCUUGGUUAUGCCAUUUGGGCUGACCAAUGCACCGGCGACUUUUCAAAGGUGUAUGAACGACGUGUUUCGGGAAUUUCUUCGAGAUUUCAUUUUGGUGUUUUUUGAUGACAUCCUAGUGUAUAGUCAGAGCAUGGAGCAACACGCCAAGCAUCUUCGCAUCAUCUUGAAGGUUUUAAGAGAACAUACCCUGUUCGCUAAGAUGUCCAAGUGUAGCUUUGGACAGACAUCUAUUGGGUAUCUUGGGCAUAUUGUGUCCUAUGAAGGCGUCAGGGCAGAUCCAGAGAAGCUCCAAGCUAUGGAGCAGUGGCCGUUACCGAAGGACCCUCGAGGAAUGAGAGGAUUUUUGGGACUUACUGGUUAUUACCGUCGGUUUAUCAAGGGUUAUGGAUUGAUAGCUUCUCCUCUCACUCACAUGUUGAAGAAAGGAGAGUUCACUUGGACGGGCAAAGCUAGAGAAGCUUUUGUUAAGCUAAAGGCAGCGAUGAUGAGCGCACCAGUUUUGGCUCUACCAGAUUUCGCCAAGGACUUUGUCAUUGAAACGGAUGCUAGUGAUGUGGGCAUUGGGGCAGUGCUUAGUCAAGAAGGGCAUCCUAUAGCCUUCAUGACCAAGGCCCUGACCAGCAGGGCCAAACCUUUGUCCACAUACGAGAAGGAAUUAUUGGCAAUUGUCAUGGCAGUGGACAAAUGGAGACCAUAUCUGAUAGGGAGACGAUUUGUGGUUAGGACUGACCACAGCAGCUUGAGAUACAUGGUUAAACAGCGCGUCUCUACCCCGACACAACAAAGAUGGUUAGCCAAACUUCUUGGCUAUGAUUUUACUAUUGAGUAUAAGAAGGGGACUGAGAACUCUGCAGCAGACUCCCUAUCUCGCAUGCCAGAGCAACUGAAGACUCUCUCGGUGAUAAGCACAGACCUAUGGGAGAGAAUAAUUGAAGAGCAAAAUCAAGAUUCAAAUUUGAGGCUACUCAAGCAGACCAUUCGCCAGAAUCCAGGAUCCAUCCCCAACUACACUCUUAAGGGAGAAAUGCUUUGCAAGAAAAAAAGGGCGUUGGUCCCCAAGGAUUCCGAUCUUAAGCAAGAACUACUUAAGCAUUUUCAUAAUUCUAGUGCUGCUGGUCACGAGGGAGUGGCCAAGACCAUGGGAAGGAUUAAGGCUCAAUUUUGGUGGGAUGGCAUGAAGUCGGAGGUGAGGGGUUAUGUGAAGGCAUGCCCCGUAUGCCAAAGGGAAAAAUACGAGGCGACCAAACCUCCAGGGCAUCUGAACCCUCUUCCUAUUCUUGAUAAGCCUUGGGAAGAUGUUUCGAUGGACUUUAUAGAUGCGAUGCCCAGAUCCGAGGGGAAGGAAGCAGUUUUGGUGGUGGUAGAUAGAUUGACGAAGUAUAGUCAUUUCGUGGCUCUACCUAAGAACUACCACGGACCAAUGGUAGCAGGAGUGUACCAAGAUCACAUCGGGAAGCUUCAUGGAAUGCCACAAACUAUAGUAUGUGACCGAGACUCGAUCUUCAUGAGCGCUUUCUGGAGAGAAUAUAUGAAGAUGGCAGGAACGGUAAUCAACUUUAGCACUGCUCAUCAUCCACAGACCGAUGGGCAGAGUGAGGUAGUCAAUAGGACUUUGGAGACUUACCUUAGGUGUUUCGCUGGUGAGAGGCCCAACACUUGGAUAAAAUUUUUGUCAUGGGCUGAGUGGGCGUACAACACCAGUCUGCAUUCGGGCACGGGCAUGACACCGCAUGAGGCGUUAUAUGGCUAUCCUCCAACUUCGAUUCCGAGGUAUGAAGUGGACACGGCUAGAGAUGAUGAAGUUGACUGCACUCUGAGGAAUCGCGAUGAGAUUCUUGCCACUUUGAAGAAGAAUAUCGAGAGAGCGCAAGUCAGAAUGAGGAAAGCCCAUGAUAAAGGGCGCAAAGAUAGAGAGUUCGAGGUAGGAGACAUGGUUUGGCUGAAAAGAUUGCCCAUGAGACAAAAAUCAUUACUGGGGCAACCUUAUUCAAAGCUCUUACCCAAAUAUUAUGGGCCAUGUAGAGUUCUACAGAAGAUCGGGAAGGCAGCGUACCGUAUUGCAUUACCGCCUCCAGCUCUUGUGCAUCCGGUUUUUCAUGUGUCUCGACUGAAGCCGCACCACGGGCCAGUUCCUGAACAGCAAGAACCCUUACCUGAUAUUGCACCUAGACCUUAUCGUAUCUUGAAGCACAGGUGGGUUACUCGUAAUGGCAGGCCUCGUCAUGAGGAGGGUGGAUCUGAUACGGGCCAGCCCUCGAAUUGGCCCCAAGCGGCCACAGAUAUAGCCGAGAGCAGUCACAGAGGACAAGGGGAGGCCAAUUUUCGGUUUGCUAGGGCUGAGUGUAGACAAGAUGGCAUGGGCCUGGGUCAAGACGAAGGGAAUGAAGGCAUGCAGCAAUUGGGUUUGUCAAGGGUUGAAGAUUCGACUAAGCUUGGAGUUAGCACGGUGGGAGGUGCGGGAGGAUGUGCGAUGGCUCUAGGCGAGGCUUUAGGUGAUCAAGGAGGGGUCGCCGGAAUAGUAGCAGCGGCGACCGGAGGUGGCCGGAGUAGUCACGCCGGUGAGGAGGAAGCGCCAAAGAUGGUACCGAUUGUAGAAGGGCUCGCCGGUGAUCACCUAGGAGCUUCAAUUGAAAGCGCCAGAUGUGGACGGGACCAGCUGGGAUGUCAGCCGGAAUUCUGGCCGGAAAAGGAGCAGAGGUCGCCGGAAGUGGCCGGAUGCAGCAGAGAAUGGACUAGCCAAGCCGCCGAUUCCUAG